CUUCGACUUGGUAUUCCAAAUCUCUCCAUCUCUCCUCUCUUUCAGCAUUUUCCAAGGAAUUUCUCCGCAACAAUAUCCAUGGGGAAACACAAUAAUCAGAGUCCAGACGAAACUGAUGCGGCAACGGAUCCGGCGUGGGAAUGCGAGGGCAAAGGAGCUUGUGAAUUGAAACACAAACAAUUUGCUGAUAGAUUCAUGCCUCAUAUCCUCAACUUGUACGGUGCUUGCGCAAACGCCAACGAUUUUGACAUGUAUGCACCAGAUGCUUCGUUUGAGGACCCUUUAACACAUGCUCUAGGGGUGAAGCAAAUCAAAUCAGCAUUUUAUUCACUUUCUAAGGUGUUCAGUGAGUCGAAGAUAGUAGAAUAUCAUAUUCAGGAAAGUGAAAUCGCACCGGGGAAGAAAGAGAUACUAAUUGACAACAAACAACACUACAAGAUCUUUGGAAAGAACAUAGAUAUGAUCUCUCUCAUUAAACUCUAUGUUGAGAACGGGAAGAUUGUCCGACACGAAGACUGGUGGGACAAGAAACCUCUGAGCAACAGAGACACGGUUGGCUUCCCGUUAGUCGGGCGUGCAAUGGAGAUGGGUCGAAGAGGUUUGAUGCUAGCGACUCAUGCCAUGAUGGGUUUUGGUAAAGACCCUGACUCGCACUGAAUAAAGGAAACACACACACACACACACACACUGACACAUUUUAUUAUAGUCUCUAGUAGGUUCUUCAGAAUGCUACUUGAAUUUGAGGAACUCCUUAAAACUGGAUUGGUUUCGGUUUUAGUUUGAUUUGUGUAAUAUGUUUAUGUAUUGUUGGUUUUGGCUCGAUUACUUUUUCUACUUCUCGUUGUUCCUUGCGCCUCAAGUACCCAAUAGUCGGAUAUUUCAGCUAAUGAAGGCGUCUAAAUC